UAAAAAAAAAAUCAUAUGAAAUUGAAAAAAGUCAUUACAAACAGUACGCGCCGUAAUCAAAAACCCACAAGCUAUUAAACCGCAUGUCUACGCGCUGCUUUGACUACGCACAGCAGACACCAGUCAGUCACUCAUCCAGCUAUUCAUCCAUCCAUCCAUCCAUUGAGCCAUUGUACCAACCAUCCAUCCAUUAGUUUCGCGCUCAGCUAUUUCCUAGCCAUCAAUCUAUCAACGACAGUUAUUCAAUAGCGGAUAGCAUCGCAACGCAUCACUCGUCACAGCGUUUUAGCGCAGGCAUAAAGGCAAGCAGUAGCAGCAGGAGUCGCAUUUGCAUUGAACAACAAUUUUUAGAACUCAACGGAACAUCGCAUAAGCCAUCAAAAUUCCUUGCUGUAGUAUGGAUACGAAUUCUGUGAGUCCAUUGCCACCGCCAGAAGCACCGCUGGCUAUGAUGGAGGUCGAAAAAUCGCCACCAGGGACACCAACAACGAACGAUAUGCCACCACCACCGGAUGAAGAGAAGCGCUACGAGGAGGACUCGGAAAAUGAUUGGAACUGUGGCUCGUGGUUCGAGUAUUUGCUCAUCGUUAUACUCUCCACCAUAUUGUUGGUGGGUGUGUUGAUACUCACGCUCUUCUGGAUACUAUUCUACCGUGAUGGCUUCGCUUGGUCCGACAAUCCAGCAUUGCAGUUCAACUUGCAUCCCACCCUAAUGGUGGCGGGCUUCAUAACGCUGUCGGGAUUUUCCAUUUUGCUGUACCGCCUAUGUCGCUGCCUGAAGCACAUCUAUGUUAAGCUGAUUCAUAUGUUCUUUCACGCCUGCGCCAUACCGUGUGUGGCUUUGGGAUUUCUGUCCGUCUUCGAUUCGCACAAUUUGUCGGAGCCGCCUAAAGUGAAUUUCUACAGUAUGCAUUCGUGGUUGGGCUUUGUCACCAUGGGAAUGUUCGUUUUGCAGUUCGUUGUUGGAUUCUUCAGUUUCUUGGUGUUGCUGUGCUGUGAGAAUCGCACCUACAAGUGCCGCAGCAUUAUGGUUCCGAUACACGCCAGCUUCGGCUUGGUGAAUUUUAUGUUGGCAAUUGCCACUUGCAUCACUGGGUUGGUGGAAUAUGAGCGCCAGAAUGCGGGCAAUGCCGUUUUGAGCUCACGCAACUCGGAAAUCGAACAUUAUAUUAUCAACGCAUUGGGCAUCGUACUCGUCGCCAUUGGCAUCAUAGUCUCCGUCGCUGUACGACGAUCGAACGCUCCAGCCACUGCCAAGGUCUACGUUACCGAACGUUGCUGAACACAUUUUUAAAUCAAUUUCAUAUUUUUGAGGAGACAAAUUUCAUUUAAACUACAUAAGAUUGCUCGAAACAAAAAAAUAUGCAAAAUGAACGUUGCCAGAUUUUCCUUUAACACUUUCAUGCAUAAGUGAACUACUUUAAUAAACUAAAAAAUAAAAUUAUAAAAAUUCUGAAAACCACUUCCAUUCCAAACUUUAAUUUGUACAGCCGUGAAAUAUGCCAAAUUGUCAGUGACUAUUUUUACUAUAGCAAAAAAAAAAUAAUAAUAAUAACGGUAAAUAGUGUGAACCCACCCAGAAGCCAAAACGCAUGAAAUUAACGACGCCAGAAAAGUAGUGAACAAACAAAACCAAUACCAAAAUGCAAAAGGAAGCACAAAUUAUUAUAAAAUACUUAUACUGUAGUUAUGUAUAGGCUAAAAUACAUACAUACAAUUUUAUUAAAAAUCAAAAUAAUCAACAAUUCAUAAUCAAAAUUAGAAGCGAAAAUCAAAUGUUUAUCAUUAAAAGCAUAAAAGUUUAUACACAAAUACAUACAUAUAUACAUGCAUACAAAUAAAAUUGAUUGAGAAUAUAACGUAACACUAAGUAGCCCUUAUUGCAUUACUCAUACGACGUGUAGUCCUUUCCACAACGAUUAUCAUAUGAAAUGCGUGCGUGUACGCAUUGGCAAAGUGAAUGCCGAAUUAUUAUAAAUCAAAUUGUAUCAAACUAUUUCGCAAAAAUUCUUUAAAUUAUAAGUGAUAAAUGUAAUUGAAGUGUUUGUACAUUUGUUUUUGUUUCUUCUUCUCUUAAAAUACGCAUAACUACAUACAAACAUAUGUCAGCAUACUUGAAGUUAUGAAGCGCGCAAAUUCUUUUGCCGUUAUAAAUUACCGUAAAAUACAUA